CGUUUCAAAAUGGCGAAUUUAGGUCUGUUAUAUCUCGAACGUUAAGGCUUCUGAGGGAUCUUCGCGCGUGACAGUCCCUAGGCUAACGGGUAGCGGCGCGACGGCCCGCCCGGGACCGGCUCCUGCCGACCGCCGGCGGAGGUUGACGACCUAUCGAUUUUUUUGUCUGCGACCUCUCGUCGUCGGGCGGGCCGGUGUCGGCGGCCGAGGUGGCCGAGACGCUCCGGGCUCGGCGGAGGCGGGCUGGUGUCGGGAGCCGCACGUCGCCGCGCCGCUCUGCGCCGCAUCGUGCCGCGCUUUGUCUCGGCCGUAGUCAGCUGAGCGGCGCGCCACCAUGGCAGAAUAUCAUGGGCAAAGUAUGGACGCUGGCGGGAAUAAUUUUGACUCCGGUCAGCAGCCACAGGAGCAGGAGUUGGCGACGAAAAUGCUGCAGAUCCAGUCGAAGCGGUUCUACCUGGACGUGAAGCAGAACCGGCGCGGCAGGUUCAUCAAAGUGGCAGAGGUGAGCAUCGGCGCGGACGGGCGGCGCAGUCAAAUCUUCCUGGCGAUGUCGACGGCGGCGGAGUUCCGCGACCACCUGUCCAGCUUCAGCGACUUCUACUCGUCGCUGGGCCCGCCCAACCCCGACAACGUGCCCGACGACGGCAAGCUCAAGUCAGAGAUGAUGCUGAAGGACAACCGGCGGUACUACCUGGACCUGAAGGAGAACUCGCGCGGGCGCUUCCUGCGCGUGUCGCAGACCAUCACGCGCGGCGGCCCGCGCUCGCAGGUGGCGCUGCCGGCGCAGGGCAUGAUCGAGUUCCGCGACGCGCUCACCGACCUACUCGACGACUUCGGCAUCGAUGACGGAGGGUUCAAGGGCGAGCUGCCCGAGGGCCGCCACCUGCGCGUCGACAACAAGAACUUCUACUUCGACAUCGGCCAGAACAACCGCGGCAUCUACAUGAAAGUCAGCGAGGUGAAAAGCAACUUCCGCACCGCCAUCACAGUGCCGGAGAAGUGUUGGACGCGGUUCCGCGACAUCCUGGCCGACUACUGCGACAAGAUGUGCCGGGCGCACCAACCCGCCGACUCGCAUCAGGGCGGGCCCAGCGCACCGGCCGGCGGGAGCGCGGGCGGGGGCGCGGCCGCGGGGGCGGGCGCCGGGGGCGCGGGGGCGGGGGGCGCGCACCCGCCCGCGCCGCUGGCCAGCACAGAGACGGUGGGAGCGCCGCACCGGAUUUGAUGCGCGCGGCAGUGAGGGGCCGGGGGGCGCGGGGGACGGACGGGGGGGGGGAGCGGGGGCGGGCGCGCGGUCAGUGACCGGCCGGGCCGCCGCCACACAAACUGAUGCUUUAUUAUUAUGUGUAUAUAGUAUUGAUAUGAUUAUGUAGUAUGUUAUAUAUUUGGCGCUACGAGACCACCCGGGCCUCGGCCCGGCCGCGGCGCGAGCUCGGCUCCGCCAUCACAAGGUACUAAUGUUGCUACUGUUGCACUCCGACGGUUCAUUUGUUGUUGACAUUGUAGGAGGCGCUCGUUCGUGGCCUUUUAAUCUAAAUUAUUACUUGCGCCGCUCGCCGAGGGCGGCCUUAUUUUAUUAUUUCUCUGAAAGGAACUAACUUUAGACGGCUUUGAGCUUUAUUUUUAAAUUAUCACUUUAUUUUAUUCUCUUUUUUAAUUUGUGUAAAUAGUUUUCGGCACAUGAUAUCGAGAAUAUGAAGUGGAACGAAUGUUGAUACACUGUAGCGAGCGGAGAUGUAUUCCGAGAUGUAAGUCAUAUUAUUUCGUUAAGUUAUAUGAUAUUAGGGCCGGUCCCGGCCCGGCACGUGACAACAUAAUAAGAUUCGAUAACAUUGCGAUGCCCACUUGUCUAGUUUGUAGGUGUAUGUGUUUUCUUUCUAUGAUUAUUGAAUGAUAGUGUUUAUGUCUGUUACACUGGCAGCGCGGAGUAGGCAGGGCUCGUGCCGGCCGCGGUGUACUCGAAUCAUUAGAUUUACGACGCACUGCUGUGAUAUACAUAGGCGUACGAUCCGACGGAUUUAAAAUGUUAUUACGUAUGGGACGGACGCGGCCGCGGUCACGUCCUUGUUAUUUGGUAGGUUUGUACUCUAUUCUAAAUUGAACGAAAAUAUUGGCUUCGAUUCAAAACGUUUGGUGUCAAAAUUAUGGGUAAUUGGCGAUUCAUUAAUGUUAGGACGGAUCCCCCACUACAUCCGUACAUCGCAGUGGGGGCAGUGCGGCGCUACAAGGCGGCGGCGGGGCCUUGGAACUUACUCUACUCAUAUUUACGCAUUUUGUUUCAUUAUUAUGUUUUAUUAUGACUACAUCACUCCGAUUCACCCUUUAUUGGUAGCUUUAGGCGUAUCGCAACGCGGUCGCAACAUCCGCAGUACACUAGUGUACCAGUGUACCAGUGCCGCGACGCCGGGUAUCAAAUACCCGGCGCCCGGCGCGGCUCCAUGUGAAUAAUGCAAUAACGAGAUCGUUGUGUAUCUAUUAUGGCCUGAUAUCAUUUGUUUGUGUGUGUGUAAGUGCAUUAGUUUUACUUAGUUUUGUUUCACACGCACCAGAGUGCGCCACUGGUAUCGCUCAGUAUUGUUUGUGUUCUCUCAGGGCGCCCUCGGACUCUCUCAGCUGUUGAAUACGUUACAUUUUGUGUGAAACGAAUUUAAGUAUACAUUUAUCUGUGAAAUAUUCAUAAAGUUAAUUGACUGCGAAAUUAUUGUAAAUUGGACUGCGAGAUCUAUUAUAUUAUAAAUAUUGUAUCUUUCGAUAUAUGCGACGGGCGGCGCACGCGCCGUCCGUGUGUGUAUGUAUGUAACGUGCUCUAUACGUAACUACUCGCGGGAGCGACUCUGUAGUUAUGUGCUGUUAUGUUGUUCCAUGGACUUAUGAAGUAAAUACAAGCAAGUAUGUGGUUAGUGCUAGACACAUAGACUACUUCACCGUAAGGUUACAUAGACAUAGGCCCGCGCGGCUACGUAGGUUAAUUUACAGUACAUUUUCCUCUGGAGACCAUUCUAUAUAGAGUGACAUAAGUUGGUGACGUCCGAUAAAGUGUUACAUAAUAUAGAAAAAAUAUAAAAUACCUAUAUAAAACAUUUCUCUAUACGAAUAAAUAAAAGAUAGAAAUAUAUACAAAGCGGGGGCGGGCGAGCGCGUCGCCGUAAGUAAGUUAGGAUAGUUCGCGACCCGCGGGGCGAGCGGGGGCCCGGCGCGCCCGACGCCAGGCGCGGGGCCCCGCAGUACGUCGUACUCCACCGGGCCCCGCCUCGCGACUUGGGCUUCAUUUUAAACUAAACUAUUUAUGGUACAAAAGUAAUUUUACUUCCAUAGACGUUUAAGAUCUACAGAGUUUAUAUUUAGACUUGAAAUAAAAGAGGUUAUAUUCGCUCGGUCGUGGGCCGGCCUGGCACUCGGUCGAUAAAGUAUAAAUAAAUUAAAGCUAUAUGUAUAAUGAGAUGUAUAAUAGUCUAUACGUGGAGCUAGGUCCGCGUGGGCCCAGCGCCCGCGCGGCCAUACCGCGGCCAGUCAGUGCUGCCCCUGUGAUAGCGCGCCCCGCCCCGCCCCGCCCCGCCACCCCGCCCCGCCCUCACCCGCUUGCCGACUUCGCGUUCCUUCACUUAGGUUUAUGAUGCCCACUGGGCCAUACGUUCGCGUUGCACUGUCCACUGUAUCCCACCUCCCUCUCUUCCACCCUCUCCUCGCUCGCUAUAGGCCAGCGAGCCGCUCUGUCCGUAACGCAUGCCCCACUACUCCACUUGUCUCCCUCGUUCAACGACUCCUACUGACCAAAUGUGUUCAACACUUGGGUUGUGACUCUCACUGUGAUGUUUGGUCAGCUAUUGCCUGCAGCAGCCCCUGCAACUCCACCGUCCUCCUCUCGCAGGAAGAGUCCCCGUAGUAGACAGCGACGAACGUAUGUCACUAGUGCAGCGCUGUGUUUGUCUAGUUGGUGUGCAGUCUGAUGCCUGGUGGUGAUAGUCAAUUAUUAUAAUAUUCAUUAUCCGCGACGCAUCGCCGCUGUGACUGCGGCCCAGCGCGCCCGGGGCCCGGCCGGCCCGGCGCGGGGCCCGGGCGGCAGUAGUCAGGCAGCCAGUGACAGCGGCGAGGCAGCCGCACGCCGCCCCCGCUUCCUAAGUGUUAAAUAGGUCACUAUAGUUACGAAUCGAAUCAACUGCUAAAAUAAAAAGUAAAAAAAAAUCAGAGUUAUAAUAGUACGUUAGUUUUAAUUAUAUUUCUGAUAUUAAUUGAUGUUUUGCUAAAAGAUAAUUUAUCUGUACGUUAGGCGCGAGGCCGCGGCCCGCCACAUUGUUUCUGUGAGGGCCGAGUGCCACCAUUCAUUGUUAGACUUGCUACUCGCCGUCGACAGGUACUAUAUAUACCAGUCGACGCUCACACUCGUCCAGUAUGGCGCGGUUUUAUUUUUCUGGUCAGCUUGUAAAUUCAUACCGCCCUUGUACAAAAUAUAAACUUGUGAAAAAUCAUUUUAUAAUUACAUGUAAGCAAUACCACAGUACCUGAGAUUGAAAUAAAAAUUAUUAAAAUGUAAUAGUAUGAAAAUAGCGGUUGGACACAAUACAAGACAAGUACUCGGCGGUUUUCGAUGAGCAGUAACUAAACAGGAUAGGUUUGCAACUCUACUUUGUGGAUUUAGUUAGGUUUGUGUUUUAUUUAGUACGUGUGCGGCCGAUCGUCGGCUGAGGGUCGAGAGGUCGGAAGGUCGGAGGGCUGCAGCUCGAGGGAGGGCAGGCGAGCGACACGAGGAGCUGCGGCCCCUAGGGUAUAAACGGUUGAAGGGAUCACAUGCGAGGUGAUAGGAGUUGUUCUUAGCCAUAGGGAGUACGCGGGCCCGCCCGCCGCCCGGGCCCCGAGCGGCCGGCGGGCCCCUUAAGGUAUGCUUAGGACGUGCCAUAACACGUUGCGAUCAUGUCAUCACAUCUAUGUAUAGGUACCUUUGUAUUUACGUCCACGAGGAGGAGGAGAUGGCUUCAGUUUCACGCCGGCGUCUAUAUGCGCCGGCCGCGUUUGUUUUGAUUUCAGUUUCUCGUACGAUAAGUGAGGCCCGGCUCCGGCGCGGGCCGGCGCCCGGCGCCGACCCGGUCCGGCUGCGGGACGGUAUGAUAAGUGCUAACGUUUCGUUCGUGGGUAUUAGUGAAGGUCUCGUGUGGCCUCAUGCCGCGAGUCACGUCACGAUGAUAUCAUGAGUCAGACGGAGGUGAAUAAAUGAUACUGCCAAUCGAUUGUAGUUUAUAUUUAAUAAUGGUAAAUGAUUUGUAGACUUAAAACUAACAAUUUCGAGAUAUUGUGUCCUAAAUAUUUAUGUAUAGUAUCGAUACAUUUGGAGGCCCGGCACCGGCCGCGCGUGCACUCGGCGGGACGCGCGGCCGGGGCCGGGCUGUGUGUAAAUGUUUUCCUUAGGGUGAGGACGAUGGAUACAAACUGUGUUCUGUAGAGUACCGACCGACAGGGCGUUGUCUAGAUAGGAUUGCACGCAUCGCGGGCGCGGGCACAGCUCAGCAGGGCUGCGCCCGCGCACGCGGUGUUAUUAAACGUGGACUACGUUCGCGAAUGAUGCUAAGGUGUAAAAAAAAAAAAUAGAUUGCAAUAUAAAUGUGGUUGUUAGGUAUAAUGGUGACGGCAUAUUGGGUGUUGUGUAUGGAGAGGAGGCGACUGGGGGAGGGAUACGAAGGGAACGUUUUGAUAAAUAUGCGUCGGCAAGGACGGUCGAAGUUUUUAUAAUUUAAUUUGCGUAUUAGUAUUCAUUUCUAAACACAUAGAGCAUCCAAUGCGCGAAGUGGAUUACGAGUCAGUUUUCUGAAUAAAAGACACCCAAUAUGCAACGGAUUAGUUGGUAAUGCGAUAUCGUAAUGUUUGGAACUCUGGGACUGACAUGGCUCAUGUGAUGAGGAUAAAUUUUUUUUGAAUAUUUUUUUUGUCUAAAUUGUCUAAAUUUCUCAAUUCGUGUAUGACACGGCUCGCUAGUAUUGAGACUGGUUCGGUGUGGGCGCGCGGUGCCGCGCCCGGCCGCGCGUCGCCGCCGCGCGCGGCACUCGUGCGCCAGUGAGAUUUUGUAUCCAAAGAUUGUAUAGUGUGAUGUAUAACUUCCUAUAGGUUUAUUAUUAUACUAGUAUUUUAUAUACUUGUUGUUUUCUAUUGUUUGACACUUGGUGGUGUUUGGAACAUUGUCAGAUCUCCCGAUCGAAUUUUAUUGAAUAAAAUUUGCUUGUAAUGUUUUGUAAGUCAGUUACUGACGCCCUUAGUGGUCUGUCUUAGAAUUAUAUUCAAAAUUCGAUGGAUUAUAGCAGUGUCUGUAACUUUUUUGUAUGUAUAAUAUGUAUUAACUGAGGGAAAGGAAUGGAACUCUGCGCUACGACCGGGCCCGAGAUAAGUUGUGUAGGAUCGAUCUCGAGAGGUGCGGGCCGCGGUGGUAGCGCGGGGCGGUCGUGUGAGGGGGCAGUCAAACUGCAAGUAGAUGGUGCUUGAGUGUACUUACGAUGGAUAUCAUAUUAUUUCUAUUUUAUAACUGAAAUUAAACGCCUAUUUAUUUUGUGUAA